AUGAAAGCAAGUGAAUCGAUCUUGGAUUUCAAAUCAGAAAACAUCGAAUCCAUAGAAUUAUCUUCAAAUGUUAUACAAGAAACUAGUAAAUCAAGCGGUGAUAUAGAGCAAAAUAAAAAAUCCAGCAUUAAUUUAGAACAUGAAAGGGACAAUAGCAGUUUAGAAGAAAGUGUUCCUCCUAAUAAUGAUUCAGAUGAAUCAGGAUUAUAUGAUAAAGCGCCAUUAAAUAGAUAUCACCCGUAUAUUCUGACAAUGCAAUUGGCUAUCAAUCGUGAAAAAUGUAAGCCUACAGGUCCAGAGAUGCUAAACAUAUUCCUAAAUAUACUUAGUGUUCCUGGUCUAGUGAAAUAUGUUAUGCCACGAGAGAUUGAAAAAAUGAUGAUAGGUAUUGGGAGAAUGAGGCGUCUUGGAUUAUAUGAAUUAUUAGUGGAUGAAGGAGUCGAGCUUACACCUUUUGCUUAUACGAAAAUGUUCAUCACCUACCUGAAGACUCGUAAUGGUCGAAAAGCAGGUGAAUUGCUCGAGAAAAUGAAAUUACUUGGAAUUGAGCCUGAUUCUUUUCAAUACAAUAAUGUGGUGAGAACGAAAAUCGAGAAUUGUCGAGAGCAUGACGUGGAAAAUGCAUUACAUUACUUUAAUGAAAUGACAUCAAAGAGACAUCAACCUGAAUUUCCUUUGUAUUCAGCUAUAAUUCAUAGGCUUGUCGAAUUGCGUAGAGCUAACGAAGCAGCAAAGUUAUGCUUUGAGAUGGUCUCUAAAGGGUUGACUGCAACUGAUAUCGCUUUUCCUGAUGUUAACUUUUCGGAUAUAUUAGACAACCAAGGAAACAUUAGUAUUAAUAUUGACAAUAAUAAUAGUGACAGUAGUGAUAUCACAAUAGCGGAGGAGGAUAAUGAAACUAAAAUGAAUAAAAUGGAAAAGGCAUUGAUAAAAACAAUUUAUAACAUUUUAGUUCGAACCUUAAUCAGCAAAGAUAAAUUAAUCAGAGCUACAAAGUUUUACGUCUUUUCGCAACAAAUUACGCGCAGUCCACCGGAUGUUUCACUUUUGGAACUGUUAAUCGAAUCCAGCAUUAAAUUCUCAAGAUAUGAUAUUGCCUUGAAAGUACUGGAUACUCAUUGGAAAAAUCAUGAUAUUUCAUAUUUGUAUGUAAGAAUGAUCAAGCACUGUGUGGAAUUAAAUCUGCUCAAAGAAAUAAACGAGUUUUACAUGCAAGCCAGAAGAUUAAGGAUUUUGCUACCCAGUGAUUUUUAUCCAUUUCUUCUUACAAACUAUCUUGAUCGAGGAUUUUUAAGAGAAGCUAUUCAGAUUUAUCUGGAUGGAAGAAAAAGGAAGAUAAGAUUUGACAUUGAUAUCUAUAAUAAGUUAUUGAAAGGCAUGAAAAAAGAUCAGAUGCUUAAAGAUUUUAUCGUCCGAGAUAUGAUAAAUGCUAAAAAGAAACCCACCGCAGCUACUUAUCAUGCUUUCAUGGAACUAUCGACUUCAAAAAAAGAGACGAAAUCAGCAUUGAAAAUCUUUGAUUUCAUGGCAAAAUCUAAACACGAAAUACAACAUAUCACUUAUCGACAAUUGCUUAAAGGGUUUGCAGGAAUUGGAGAUAUGAAAGGUGCCAAUAGAAUAUUCGAUUCUAUGUUGCAAUCUUCUUUCAAACCUACAAUUAUUGAUUAUAAUUUAAUGUUAUACGGAUACAGUCAAAUUUCAGCGGACAGUGCUAAUAACAUAUUUCUUGGAAUGUUAGAAGCUGACAUUGUGCCCGAUGUGACUACUUUUUCAAUAUUGAUUGCUGCUUAUUUGGAAGCUGGCAAUGUAGCGAAGGCUUUUAGCCUAUACGAGGAAAUGAAAAAACGGAGAAUAAAACCAGACGUACGAGUUCUCAAUGUGAUUAUCGAUCAUCGCUUAAAGACUAUUGGGGUACAUGGCGCGACAAGAUUUUUUUUCGAACAGUAUAAACAAAUGGAGGUUGCGCCGCACAUUAGUACUUUAAUGAUUCUCUUGCAUGGGGCUUACCGAGAACAAGAUUUAGACUUUACUUCGUUAUUUUAUCGAGAGAUGAGAAAAUACGGGUUCACCUUACAAAAUAACUUUUUAUAUAUGGAUCUUUUGGAAUUUUUUUUGUCAAAUAAUCAAAUUUCAGAAGCGAAUUUAGUUCUUGAAGAUAUAGAUUAUUAUCGCAUCGUUAGCAAGCUUAAUUAUGAUAAAGACGAUUUGGCAGGGAGGAAGUAUCGUGCCAGAAUGCGAAUAAAACAAGCAAUAUCAGAGAAUAAUGCUGAAGCUGCAUUAGCUUCUUUACAAGAGUUAAGAAGAGAGGAAAAGAAUGGAAAAAGAGGCAAAAAUUCUGAUUAA